GAAGUGUUUGAAUUUUUGGCGGGUUAAUGAAUAACUGUUAAGAGAGCGCAAUCUACAAAUGGCUACUGAUACAACCAACGAUACGAAGUAGUUUUAUUUUCUCUAUGAUAAUUUACGAUACUGAAAGUGCCGAAGGAAAACGGUGAUUGAUGUUUCGAACGCGUUUAGUCGCGAUUAAAACUUUUCGCAAUUUUCUAAUAAUUGCGAUAACUCGUUUCCCGCGGGAAAGCAAUGUCUGGAUAUCGGAAAGUUAAUUACUACGAGCUGUGCAGGUUGUGUACCAGCAGCGAAGGCAAUAAAAUGAACAUAUUUCGCGAUGAAGGUCGAAGGCGACAACUUCAAACAAAAAUUCAAACAUGUUUACCCAUUCAGGUUUUAGAAGAGGAUUCGUUACCUAAAAUCGUCUGCCACGAGUGUGUCAGGAAGUUGGAAAAUUUCAUUGAGUUCCGAGAAACAGUUGUUAGUGCAGAGGGUAUGCUGGAGUCAUAUUUUACUUCGCUCCGCUAUUCUGAGGAUUUUUUAAAAGAAGGUAAAGUGUAUGUAAAAAAUAUUCAGAAGGAAAGAUCUUCCACUCCUGACGCUGAAGGUUUAAAGUCCGAGGAGAAAAUAUUAGCAAAUACAGGAAAUCAAGUGCUAACUGACGAACAACAUGGACAACAUCAACAACCCGUUGUCGUUAGCAAUAUUAAUGCAUCAAAUAUACAAAUCAUCAGCGGUGUCCAAGCUAGGGUACAACAAUAUAAAUGUGCCAUGCAGAUGCAAUCAAAUGGUGAUAUGUCAACUGCAGUUGUAGAAGCUACAGCAGAAGCUCAUUACAGUUGUCAACAACAAACAUCUCAACGUGUAUCGCCUCAAAGAUCUAAUGAAACACAAAAUGAAAUAAGUGAACAGGCAACUCAAUCUCCUCAAAUCCAAACUACAAACCAAAUACAAAAUCAUAAUCAAGUAGUACAACAAGGACAAUCUCAAAGACAAAUUUCACAACAAUUAACUCAAUCUACUCAAAUAACACAACAAAAUCAGACUCAACUUAAUCAUCAACAACAAGGACAGUCACAGAUAACUCAGCAGAUACACCAUUUGCAGAGACACCAUAGACUUCAACAAAUAGAUAAACAACAAGUGCAAAUAGCUACAUCACAAGAAUUUAUCGUGAAACAAGAGCCUUCGCCUCAAGUUCAACAAAAUAAUAAUAUUCUACUUAAACCAGAUACAGAGGUGGAACAGAAUCAACAAAUAAUACAAAAAGUUACAGAUAUCCAAAAAGAAGAUAACGCAUCUCCUUGUCAAAAUUAUACGACAGUACAAGCUGCUCCAGAGGUAUUUUUAAGUUUAGGAUUUAAAGAAACAUCUUUACCCAAUCAAUCAGUUCAAGAUGAAGGAAAAGAUUUUAAAGACUUUACUAAAAAUGAAGAUGUUAUGUCUCGCACUUCCAUUGGACAAAUAUCAGAAUUUCUUAGAAUCAGAUCAGGCACUGAACAGACACCUUUAAUUACUGUUAAUCCUCAAGCUAUAUCACAAUCUACUAGGAGUAGUUUAUGCCGUAAUUGUGGUAAAAAUUUUGCAUCCGUAAAUUUAUUGAAUAGUCAUACUUGUACGAUGAUGAGCGAAGGAUCAGAUUCAAUAGUGAAAGAAGAAACUUUACAAGUUAAUGGAAACUCUUUUAAUUGUGAUAUUUGUGCGAAGCCUUUCAAAAGAAAAGAACACUUAUUUCAACAUCGAAAACUACAUACUGGCGAACGUCCAUAUGUAUGCACAACAUGUGCUAAAGCUUUUAGUCGUAAGGAACAUUUAGUUAGACAUUCUGUAUCACAUACAGGUGAAAAAAUGCAUGAAUGUGAAUUGUGCGGCAAAAGCUUUUCACGCAAAGACAAUCUUCACAAACAUCGUAAAACACAUGGUGUAGCAGGCCCUUAUAUUUGUGAAACUUGUGGAAAAUCUUUCAUGGUGAAACAUUACUAUGCGAUGCAUUUAACAAUGCACGCACCAAAUAUCACAGAUGGUAGUUGUCAAGAUCCUUUGCCAUACAAAUGUGACAUGUGUCACAAAGCAUUUUCUGUUAAGCAGUACCUUACUGCACACAAAUAUAGACAUAGAAAGAAUAAUAAUAAUUCUGCACAGAAUACUUUAAAUAGGCACCAGCAACAACAAUCGCAACAAUCUAAUAAUACUGUCAACAGCAUUAAUGUUGUGGGGAAUAAUGUUGCUGCGUCAGGAAAUAUUAAUGACAAUAAUGGCCAGUCAAGUAAUGGGCCUACAGUGGAAAUACAAAACGUUGUUGAAAGAAGUGAACAGACUAAUGGUUCAUUUAAUAAUAGUCAAUAUCAUAAUAAUAUACCAGAAUUUCAAUGAGAUAAGGGGAAGCGUGUCUAUUAUGUUCUCUUGCCAAAUGGUAACAAUCAUAAGAUUGUAGUUGUAUAGGCAAAAGAAAUUUUAUGACGCGCUAGAAUAUUUUUGUUAGUUUAUUUUGCUCCCGAUUGUAAAUGUUUUGUACUUUGAUAUGAGAAAUCAUAACUAAGAAAAUAUUAUUUUUAAAGCAAGUUAAUGCUUUGACUCAAACGAUGUCUUUAUAAAAUUGGCAAAACAAAAGUCAAAGUUUUAACUAGUCUCCUAUUCAUUUGUAAGUAAAAAAGUAGACAUUAUAAGAGCUUUCUGUACUUUCGUAUAUACGUACGUAAGUAAUGUGUAUAUAUACACAUAUAUUCUUUAAGCAAAUUAUUAUUUAUGAAGAAUAUAUAUAAUACGUAUAAAUAAUGUGUUAAACAAAACACAUAAAUGGAUACAGGUACACAGUUAAAUUAAAAAUAAGAAACAUUAAAUAAUGUUUAAAAUGAUCAAAAACAUAUAAUGGUCAUGAGGUUGUUUCAACACCUAAUUUGGAUUACAUUUAUUACCGUAUUCAAACUUUGAUAAAAAUUUAACAAAAAUAAAAUACGUUUAAUAUCAUUUAUAAUUAUACAAAAAAAAAUUGCACACGAUAAUAUAUAUUAAAUUAACAACUGAUGUAUACUGAACAUAAAUGUGCCAAUAAUGCCAAUAAGAAGGAUCAAACUUUUAAAAAAUCAAUACUAAUACAAAUAUAAAAAGAUUAUACUCUAUUUUAUUUAUAUAAAAAUAUUAGACUAAUUAUCAGUUGUUGAAUAGAUAAUGUAUCAAAAUACUCGUAGACUCAUAUUUUCUUUCGUAACGACGAAGAAAGAGAGAAAUCGAGUUAUUAAUAAUUUUUUAUAAAUCUAUAGAAAUUUUAUUUUGGAUUCCAAUUCCUAAUACGCCUCGCAUAUAUUACACGUCAAUUAUCAGAAUCACCAUAAAGCAGUCCUAUUCGAAUCAGUGAUUGUAACAAUCCAUGACAGUUAGAGGAAGAUAUGUUUAUAUGCAAAUUUAGAGAGUAUUGAACGAGAAAAAUAAGACCAAAGAAAUUUAUACAUAUAUAAAAUAGAGAUAAAUAAUGUUUUAUUAGUAAAAUAGAAACGAGAGAGCAGGGCACAGAAUUAAAAUACCAUUGAAAUUCCCUGUAUUAAUAAUUUCUUGUUAAGAGAUAUUCAUUGUCAUUUCGCAUGACAAUAUUGUUUCAUAUAGAUUCUAUACGAUACGCGUGUACGUAGAGACAUUAUGUUAAUAUUUCAUUUUCACAAUAUAUUGCGUGCAAGUGAAAAUGUAAGGAUAAGAGCACAAAUUAUAAUAAUGAGUAUGUGUAAGGUUUCAUAACAACAAUAACGACAAAAAGGAAAAGAAAGAAAAAAGAAGGAUGAAUGAACAACGCAUGCGUGAUUAUAAAAUUUUAGUAAAGAUUUAAUCUGCUACUGACCAAAAAAAAAAAAAGAAA